AUGGGUGAAAAUCGUCAAAAAGUUAAAUAUGUUCAUAGUUCGUUGAAGAUCAAUCUAAAUGACAACACUACUGUACAAGAAUGCAACGAGUCUGUUGGUGCUGAAUGGGGAUUUGAUUUUUCUCCAUUUGAUUCUGUUGUGGAUGACCCUCAUGAUGAUAGCAAGUCUUUCAAAAGCCCGAUUGAUAUUAUUGGUUUUGUGGUUAAGUGUCUUCCAUCAGAGGAUAAAAGUGAUCAUAAUAACGACAAAGACGAGAAGAAGAUUACCUUUAUUUUGGAAGAUUUGCAACACCAUCAGAUUUACGUGACGUUAUGGGGUUGUUAUGCUGAUCAGAUUUUAGAUUUUGAGAAGAACAAUAAGGAUGAAAAGAAUGUUGUGGUCGUUGUUCAGUUUGGGAAGUACAGAUUUUGGGGAGGUAAUAUGUUUGUCUCCAAUUUGUAUAAUGUAACUCGAGUCUUCAUAAACUCUGAGGUAAAAGAGAUUUUGGAUUUCAAGAAAAGUUUCCUUGCUCAGCUUACUGUUUCAACGUCUUCCGGUUAUUCUGGAUUGAGUUCUUCUGCUAUCAAGUCAACGACUGAGGAAUAUCUAUCUGAUGGUUCCUUUAGUACAAUUGGAGCAUUAAGCAAAAUCUCCGAAAAUGUUCUAAAUUAUCAUAUAUGUAUACAACAAAAGUUCGUUAUUAUCCUUGGAACAAUUAAGAGCUUUGCUUCAGAAGAGUCAUGGUUUUACAAUGCAUGUAAGAGUUGCAACAGAAAGGUUCUGUACAACACAAUUUUCAAGGAAAAGCAAGAUGGAAGUGAAGGCAUGAUGAAGGAACUGUCUUGGAAUGAUUGUACCGGGAUUGUCACUUUGACGUUGUUUGAACGUGAAGUUCUUAAACUGUUAAAGGUUAACGCAAACCAGCUUUUGGAUAAAAACAUUGAGUUAGCCAGCGAUGGUAACUUUCCCAAGGAGCUGAAUGCAUUGUUAAAUCGGCGGUUUGCGUUUAAGAUAACCAUAGCUUCCUUUAACAUAAAAAACAAAUCAGAUGGUUACUCGGUCUCGAAUUUGACUGAGAAUCCUGCAAUCAUCCCUGAGCUUGAUAGGCAUUUUGAUGACUUCCAGCCUGCUGAUGAUGAACAUUUAGAUGCUGUUCUGUCUGAUUCAAAUGAAAAUGUUAACUUUGAUAUUAAGGAUUCUGUAUCCCGUACUGGUGAUGAAGACACUCCGGUGUCUAAUGUGAUCAAAAGCAUCUUUAGCACACCCUCUGGAGCUGAGAUGAACUGUUCUGCGGACGUUAUGGUUGAGAAUCAACUUAAGCGUAAUUUGGAUGCCGUCUAUGAUGUCGACUUAUGUUCUUCGUAG